AUGGAGCCGGACCCGACGGAACUCAGCGCACCGCUGAACGACGACACAGAUGAUGACGAGUUAUAUGAGCGCUUACAGCGACGGCACGUCGUGAAGGAAAAGGCGACCUACGUGUGUUUAGUACUUUUUAUCAUGCUCCUAUUAGCGGCAGCCUUACCGGCCAUGCUCUAUUGGCUCGCAGCUUACAGAAAGGCCACGCCGGACAAGUUCCUGCUGCCCGUCUCAUUAAUCUUCGCGGGCAUCUCGAUCCCGAUUUCCAUACAUGGUAUCAGACAGCACCUCACGAAUUUCUGGCAGCCGGUCCUCCAAGUGUAUGUGGUGAGGAUUUUGUGGAUGGUGCCCGUCUAUGCGAUCUGUUCGUUGUGUGAGCUGGCUUUUUCCCUAGCGGCGAUCCACGGCGCGCCGGACAUGUUGAAAUUCGCGUCGAUCCCCGCGGCUCUCCGGGACUGCUACGAGGCCUACACGGUGCUGAACUUUUUUUAUUUUAUGUCGACUUAUCUAGAAGUCCACUUCGACGCGCCGCCUUAUAAAGUGCUCCAGAACGCGUUACGGACGGAGGACGUCGUGCCUGUCACACAUACUCCGAUAGUGACGCCGGACAUCUCCUACCCGAUUGUCUCGCAUCCUAUCAUGUCGCCCUACGUCUGGGCGCCCUGGCGGCUGGACACUUCCGACUUCUUCGACCAGUGCCGCUACGUCAUUUUACUCUAUGCGACGGUCGCCCCGUUGAAUGGUUUGGUCGACGUGUUGGGGAGCCUCGCGAGCUCGGACGACGCCUCGGUCACGGCCUGUGUGGAAAUCGAAUUUCGGGCGCCCCACGCCAUCGACGCGACGUUGUCGCCGUGACCGCGGCAGCUCGAUGGCGUACUGGUCGAUUUCCACACAGGUCACGGCGGCCCUGCUCUCGCCCAAGAACUGGCUCGACUUCGUGCAGUUCAACGUGGCGAACCACGCCAUCUACUGUCUGGUCUUGUUCUACUACGCGACGUGCAAAAAGUCGAACAUACUGGUGCCGGCGGAGCCCUUCUGGAAGUUUGUGGCAGUCAAGGGUUUAGUUUUUGGCACGUUCUUCCAGGAUCUGGGGAUCAGCGCCUACUUCCUCGCGCGUCCAGCAAAAGACCCCGCGGUGCAGUCGGCGAUCAAAGCCACAUUAAUGUGCGUCGAGAUGCUGCUUUUCGCGCUACUGCACGCCUGGGCCUUCCCCGCGGCGCAAUUCGGACGGGUGGCGGAGGGCUGGCUCGGGGCCUGGGGCGACUUCUACGAGGUGCAGCGGCGGGAGCGGCGGCUCUGGCGCCACCGGCGCGUCGGGCGGGCGCCGCCGGGCGUCGGCGUCGGCCGCGUGCUCUUCGACGUGUCCGACGUCCAUAGAGAGACGUCCCAGGUCGCGCGCGGCCUAGCAAGGCAGCCCCUCGAGCGGAUCGUGUCGCCGCUGGCGCGGGCCGUGCGGCCGAAGCGGGCGGCGUCGCCCGCGGCGGACGCGGACGCGGACGCGGCGCCGCCGGACGCAAGUCCGGACGCAGGGACCUUUGUGUAA